UCGGUGGCAGUGCCGCUAGCUCAGUCGUCUUCAGGGCAGAGUACCCCUAAUGCCACAGCUCGCAACAUAAGUAUCGAUAACUUCGCGGUCUCACUUUACUAAUCUAUCGGUCAUCACUAAGGGCAAAAACGUAAACAAAGCAAAAUUUACAAUUAUUGUCGGGAAAAUUGAUUACAUUUGGUGGCUAUCGGUGACCUAGCCAAGCGCUCCCACCCAACCAUGGGUGCCCUCGAGAUGCUGCAGGGCACCACCCAUUCUCUGUCGGCAGGAGCCCCCUCCGCGCGACUACGGCGGUUCCAUCUCCCCCACUGGGAAAGAUUACUCACACAUCGUGUGUACUACAAAGGUUUUAAUAAAUAUGCCUCUAAGACCGAAACCUGGCCGCCGUCUCGGAUAUUUACGCGGUCAAAGCAGAGGAUUGGUUUUGCUGGGAAAGGGUACAGGCGCCGCGGGAAUUAUGCUCUACCAGCCAUGUAUUGGUAGAGCUCGCAUGGAAACGCGGGCCUCAAGGGAACAUGCGCGAUGCGCGUGCGUAUGGUCACCUAAUCCUGAGGAGCUCCAAGGGAAAAGAAGGGACAGGCCAAAAAGGCAAACAACGAGGACAAAUAAGGCUCUCGGGUCUAACUCCGGAUAAACUCACAAACAGCCACUGUCGGGCCGGCCUGGAGGCGAUGAUUGCCCGGGCUGAUGACUUCCCGUCGGAGGCCAGCAGCGAUACGGGAAAACGGCGCUCUCCGGUGAGUGGUGUACGGGCAGUCCGAGAUUCGGCUGCCAGACAAAAUGGCGAUACUUCUCAGCGCCGCAAUGCGACCGCUGGAAGUUCCCGAGAGGAGGAAGAGGACGCGGUACGCCGGAACGGACUCACCGGGAAGUGUUGACGUCGUCGGCGUCGAUCGUAGAAGGCUUUCCUGGUUGGUCGCUGGCACGGGUCGAACGGACACCGGUUGCUGGUCAGCCAAGUCGGGCUGGUAGGUAUGUCGAAGUAUGGCGAUGUCAGUAGAGUCCAAAUA